AUGCCGCCCAUUCGCGUCGCACAACAUGCGCGCCCUGCGCCCGUCGAGCCGCACCACGCCUUCGCCUUUCCCGCCGACCACCACCUCGUCAUCACCACCGAGUCCAAUGUCUGGUCCUGGGACCGCAGCGGCCUCACCAAUGCCUUUGCCUCGGCUUCCGCCGGCAUCCUGGCCGCCAAAGAGGCCAAGGACGGGAGCGGCCUGCUUGCUGUCGCUGACGACCAGGUCGUCGUGUUGCACGACGCAAACCGCGGCAUGGACAGGAGCUACAGGCUAAAGGGAACCGAUGGCCAAGUGCGUCUGCUAGAGUACUCCAACGACUCCAAGAGCCUGUUCUUCACCACCACGCUCCAAAACGCCGUCCAGUCCUAUUCCCUGCGCCAGGCCAGCCUGCUCGAGCCUUCGCACACCCAUCCCUCUCCGCCCACCGUAUUGGCUAUUUCACCCACCUCGCACCUGCUGCUGUCCGCCUCUGAGAAGCCGCCAAUCAUUUUUCUGCAGAACUUGACCUUGCGCACCCCUGCCCUCCAGCUUCAGCCGCGCGCCUCCUCCUCGCCCGUGGAGACGGCAGCCUUCCAUCCAGAGCGCGCAAACGUCUUCUUGCUCGCCUUCAAGGACGGCACGCUAGCAGCUUACGACGCGACGCGCAUACUGGGCAAAGCCGGACGUGGUGCUUCAGGCGGGGAGAUUGGCCGCUUCAAGGGCCUCCAUGCCGUAACUAAUCGAGUCGGAGCUGGCCUACGCGCUGAGACGGGAGACGAUCAGAACGUGACUGGUGAUCGGUGCGUCAGCAUUACCUCGGCCGCCUUCCUGCCCGGACAUAGGUCGCGCGCUGUCAGCGUGGGGGCUGAUGGCCGUUGCCGGCUGCUUGAUUUUGAGUAUGGCGGUAACAUUCUUCGGACGUGGCACGCAAAGGGCCCAGCCACGAGCUUGUCCAUCCUCACUGUGCGACAGAAACAAGCCCAACUGCCUCGGGCCGCGCUCAAUAGGGCCGAAACCAGUGGAGCGCCUACCAACACUCUGGCGGUUGGGCGCGAAGACGGCAAAGUUCUCAUUUUCGACUCCGUUGGGAUCCUUCUGAGUGAACAGACCGUUGAUGCCGCUGCUGGUCGGAUUAUCGACGUCCAAUGGAUGAAAGGUCCAGGCCUAAGACCUCACUCAAAACCGGUAAACGUCGCUCCUGCUCCUGCUCUUGCUCCUGCUCCUGCUCCUGCUCGGCAGAAUGUGAUUGCAUCAGGGGAUAUCUGGGCAGUGCCUGCGGAUGACGCCGAGGAAGAUGAUGAAGAAUUCGUCGAAGACGAUAGUGGGACAGUAUACCACCGGCCUGAGGAAUCACCGGAGCAGCGGCCUCAGAUCAAUGCCAUGAAUUACUUGGACCUUUUCUCCCCCGUCAAGCAACAGCCAAAGAAUUCGCCGCAACGUCGCAGUCCUCGUCCAAGGCCAAGACCACGCAUUCUCAGCUCUACCUUUAGGCAAAGCUCUUCAUCCCACCAACCGACAUCUCCACGCCUUAACCUGUCCCCACCAAUGCCAAGACUUAGCAUAGAGGAGGAGGUUCCGAUCAAACGGCCGUCGUCGCCUGCACAGCUGUUUAAUAACGUCUUUCGCCGGCAUCAAGUCGGGGAGGCCAAGUCGCCAACCAAACUGCCGUCUCCUAUCAAACGUUCUGGCUCCCCCCUGCGGCCUUCUCCGUCCCACGAGAUUAGGGUUGCAAAGACGCCCUCCAACAAGACCCCUCGCGCUCGCAAAGGCCGGAGGACGUCGGCAAGGAUGCCCGGACCACUGGCUAGUGCUUCGUCGAGUCGCAAUGUUUCAACCUCCAUAAGCAAUAGCAACAUUCUCGCUGACAUUCGUCGCCUGGGAGAAUCUGGCGGAAAGAAGAUAGCGGGGCUCGCGUUGCUGGCGCCUUACAUGAACCAACGGAGCACGCCUCGGAGUUCGCUUUGUGUCGAACAGAGUAUGGGGGAAGCGGAGAGCAGGCCCAAACUUUCGAAGCCUGAAGUCACGAAGCCCCAAAUCGCCAAGCCGGAAAGCCCGAAGCCGAAAAUAGGAAGCCCCACUGAAGACAUUUGGCUCACGUCAGAUGACGAAGCGCCUGCUUCGCACGUGCGAUCUCGUGGCCAUCGGUUGCCCUCCCAACGCACGCAGCUCAACCGCCUUGACAGGAUAACCUUCAUACCUUCGCAUGAGCAUACUCGGCGGAAUUCGGAGAUUUCUUCCGGUGCAGAUGGAUCGGACAACGAUGAGAAUUCGGAGCGUAUUCGCCGCCGGGCGGGGCUCUCACCUGGCGCUGUGCUGCCGCCGACAGGGCCAGUCCGCGUACAAGAGUGUUUUCCGCGUACGAGCUCAUUGGGGCACGGAGAAUUCGACAGUAGUCCUAGUGCCUUGGACGAUAUUGAUAACAACAGAGCUCGCAGUCCUCGCCCGCGCGAUGGGCGGAGUGGACUGGGCUUGUCGGAAGUUUUUGAAGCUGUACAUGGGGGAGAGCAACAUGACGGGAAAGGCUGUGAGUGUGGCAAGAAGUGCUGUGCGGCUCUGCGCGAGGACGUCAAAACCCUUAGCGAAGAGUUGCGUCUUCUGCGAGAGGAGAUGGCCGAGAUGAGGUUCUUGAUGGGUCGCUGA